AUGAAGCUCCCCCUUUGUACCAUUUCCCGAUCCGCACUAAUGCCUUUCCAACCCAUUUCACGUGUGUCUUGUCCAACAACCUUUCGACAAUCAAAUUCUCCCCGCCACAUCCGCGCUUUCCUAGUCUCCACGCCAAGAGCCCUACAUACAGAAAACUUUACAUCGAGACAAAAGGCCACUGAAGGAGAGAAAACCAAAUCAGAUGUAGCCCCACAGAACACAUUUUCAGAAGAGAUUGGCGGCUCUGCAAAAAAGUAUACCGAGGAUGUCCCCCAAGAAUCUUCAUCUUCUGUUGCAACAAUGCAGGAAUCACUUAAACCUCUCUUGAGAGAAAAUGGUGGAAAAUGGGAUUUGGCAGAUAAUGAAAUGUCUGUGGAGAGGGUCAUUAUAUUCAAAGGAUUUAAAGAUGCCUGGAACUUCAUGAAUGCUAUCGCAGCAAAAUGCAAACAAGAAAGACAUCACCCAGAAUGGGUUAACAUCUACAACAAAGUCUUCAUCAGCUGGACCACGCAUGAUCUUCCCGGACUCACAGCCACUGAUAUCCUCAUGGCCAAGUUUUGCGAUGACCAAGCCACAAUACACAAAGAGGUAUACAACGUCUCAGAAGAACGUCUCCCAGAAAACACCCAGCACGAAAAAUUUCUCAAUCAAGCUCAUCAGAUCGCUAAUAAGUUAUCAUCGAAAUGAUAAAGAUUAAUUAAACAUACCCAGGACAUGAGGGGAAAGAAAAUACAUGGACAAAUCAGGGACCCAGGUCGGCCGUGGAAAGAUAUCAUGAUGAGAAACGUCGUGGGAAGAAGAAGUUGGAAGAGAGAAAAAAGCUAACAAGACCGAAUUGAGGCUAAAAGAUAUUGAUGAGGGAAAAUCUUGAGGGGAUGACACACAUGCAUUGUGAAGAUCCAGGAAACUGUGGUACACAAAAGAGCAAUGACUGCAUGAAUUAAAGAUAUCUAUCAAGAACG